AUGCUUCCCAAGCGGUGGGGAAAUUCCUUCGAGCCGAGCAGCCCGUCGGAUUCCGCCCUUUCCCUGCAACGCAGUGAGGGCUCGCUCGACGUCUUCUUCUGUAUAUCUCUUCUCCAGCAUUUAGGCAUUAAAAUGCAGAAAAAAGUAAGGAAAACGGAUUAG